AUGGCUUCCUCGGGACAGACAGGCCGCCUUGCUGGCAAGAACGCCAUUGUGACCGGUGCCGGAGGUGGCAUUGGUCUCGAGACCUGCAUCCUGUUCGCCAAGGAGGGCGCCAACGUCCUCAUGGCUGACAUCUCCGAGCCCGCCCUCGAGAAGGCCAUCGCCAAAGUCAAGCAGCUCGUUCCCGGAGCCGGCCGUGUCGAGACCAAGAAAACCGACGUCUCCAAGGAGGCCGACGUCAAGGCCCUCGUCGAGCACCUCGACGCCUGGGGCGGCCUCGACGUCAUCUUCAACAACGCCGGUAUCAUGCACGCCCAGGACGACGACGCCGUCAACACCCCCGAGGCCAUCUGGGACCUGACCCACAACAUCAACGUCAAGGGCGUCUGGUUCGGCUGCAAGCACGCCGUCCUCUCCCUCCGCCGCCACAACAAGACCCGCGGCUCCAUCAUCAACACCGCCUCCGUCGUCGCCCUCGUCGGCGCCGCCACCCCGCAGCUCGCCUACACGGCCUCCAAGGGCGCCGUCCUCGCCCUCACCCGCGAGCUCGCCAUGGUCCACGCCCGCGAGAACUUCCGCUUCAACAACCUGUGCCCCGCGCCGCUCAACACCCCGCUGCUCCAGGACUGGCUCGGCGACGACAAGCCGAAGCGCCAGCGCCGCGAGAUCCAUUUUCCCAUGGGCCGCUUCGGCGAGGCAAUCGAGCAGGCACAGGCCGUCGUCUUCCUGGCCAGCGACGAGUCCAGCUUCGUCAACGGCCACGACUUUGUCGUCGACGGCGGCAUGACCAAGGCGUACGUCACUGCCGAGGGUCCUGCGGUGCCCCCUCCUCAGAACAACGCGCUCAAGGACUCUCUGUGA